UGCAGGGGGCGGUGUUUUGUGCGUGGAGCUUUCCCUCCCGGCUCCCGGCCGUCGCGGCUCUCCGGAGAGGCGCCGGGGCAUUUUCAUCGCUGCCUCCGCCGCGCAGCCCCGCGUAGCUGGCCGCGCCAACCCCUUCCCUGCCGCAGCGCGCCCCGAGUGUUGGCAGCUUGCCAGCCACCACCCCCCGCCUUCCCUCCUGCCCACCCCAAGAUAACCACGGAGGCCCAACUUCAUUCAAUAAGGAGCCUCACGGAUUUAUCCCAGACAGUAGAACAAAAGGAAGAAUAUUGAUGGAUUUCAAACCAGAGUUUUUAAAGAGCUUGAGAAUACGGGGAAAUUAAUUUGUUCUCCUACACACAUAUAUAGGGGAAGGUUGUUUCUGAUGCAGCUGAGAAAAAUGCAGACCAUCAAAAAGGAGCAGGCAUCUCUUGAUGCCAAUAGCAAUGUGGACAAGAUGAUGGUCCUUAAUUCUGCUUUAACGGAAGUGUCUGAAGACUCCACCACAGGUGAGGAGCUGCUUCUCAGUGAAGGAAGUGUGGGGAAAAACAAAUCUUCUGCGUGUCGGAGGAAACGGGAGUUCAUUCCCGAUGAAAAGAAAGAUGCGAUGUAUUGGGAAAAAAGGCGGAAAAAUAAUGAAGCUGCCAAAAGAUCUCGUGAGAAGCGUCGACUGAAUGACCUGGUUUUAGAGAACAAACUAAUUGCACUGGGAGAAGAAAACGCCACUUUAAAAGCUGAGCUGCUUUCACUAAAAUUAAAGUUUGGUUUAAUUAGCUCCACAGCGUAUGCUCAAGAGAUUCAGAAACUCAGUAAUUCUACAGCUGUGUACUUUCAAGAUUACCAGACUUCCAAAUCCAGUGUGAGCUCAUUUGUGGACGAGCACGAACCCUCGAUGGUGGCAAGCAGUUGUAUUUCUGUCAUUAAACACUCUCCACAAAGCUCGCUGUCCGAUGUUUCAGAAGUGUCCUCGGUAGAGCACACACAGGAGAGCUCUGUGCAGGGAAGCUGCAGAAGUCCUGAAAACAAGUUCCAGAUUAUCAAGCAAGAGCCGAUGGAAUUAGAGAGCUACACAAGGGAGCCAAGAGAUGACCGAGGCUCUUACACAGCGUCCAUCUAUCAAAACUAUAUGGGGAAUUCUUUUUCUGGAUACUCACACUCUCCCCCACUACUGCAAGUCAACCGAUCCUCCAGCAACUCCCCGAGAACGUCGGAAACCGACGAUGGUGUGGUAGGAAAGUCAUCUGAUGGCGAAGAUGAGCAACAGGUCCCCAAGGGCCCCAUCCAUUCUCCAGUUGAACUCAAGCACGUGCAUGCAACGGUGGUUAAAGUUCCAGAAGUGAAUUCCUCUGCCUUGCCACACAAGCUCCGGAUCAAAGCUAAAGCCAUGCAGAUCAAAGUAGAAGCCUUUGAUAAUGAAUUUGAGGCCACGCAAAAACUUUCCUCACCUAUUGACAUGACAUCUAAAAGACAUUUUGAACUCGAAAAGCAUAGUGCCCCAAGUAUGGUACAUUCUUCUCUUACUCCUUUCUCAGUGCAAGUGACUAACAUUCAAGAUUGGUCUCUCAAAUCGGAGCACUGGCAUCAAAAAGAACUGAGUGGCAAAACUCAGAAUAGUUUCAAAACUGGAGUUGUUGAAAUGAAAGACAGUGGCUACAAAGUUUCUGACCCAGAGAAUUUGUAUUUGAAGCAGGGGAUAGCAAACUUAUCUGCAGAGGUUGUCUCUCUGAAGAGACUUAUAGCCACACAACCAAUCUCUGCUUCAGACUCUGGGUAAAUUACUACUGAGUAAGAGCUGGGCAUUUAGAAAGACGUCAUUUGCAAUAGAGCAGUCCGUUUUGUAUUAUGCUGAAUUUUCACUGGACCUGUGAUGUCAUUUCACUGUGAUGUGCACAUGUUGUCUGUUUGGUGUCUUUCUGUGCACAGAUUAUGAUGAAGAUUAGAUUGUGUUAUCACUCUGCCUGUGUAUAGUCUAAUAGUCCAUGCAAAGGCUGUAUAUAUUGAACAUUAUUUUUGUUGUUCUAUUAUAAAGUGUGUAAGUUACCAGUUUCAAUAAAGGAUUGGUGACAAACACAGAA